AUGGCUGGUGACAAUGGUUCCCAAGGCCCCGUGGUCUUGGGCAUAUGUCUGGCAUUUGCCAUCUUGACCUUCAUUGUUUUGUGUCUUCGUCUUUUCUCGCGUGUUUAUGUCUUGCGUAAAAUGGGCAUGGAUGACUACCUGAUUAUUGCCGCUUGUUUGUUCUCGUGGGCAUUCAUUGCUGUCACAAUUAUCGCGGUGAAGUAUGGGCUUGGCAGUCACCAAAAGGAUGUUGAUCUGGACAAGAUGGACGACUAUGGCUUUGUAAGAAUGAGAAUCCUGGAAUUUCACAUCGUGAUAUCUCUAACUUCUUUCCAGGUCGUCUGGCUCAGCUCCAUGUUCUACCUUGCCACUCUUGGAUUUAUCAAAACGUCCGUUCUAUGGUUCUAUACUCGCCUCGGAGAUCGCUACCUCACUCGUCUAUCCUGGAUGAUGAUGGUCGUUAUUGCAACGCAGGCCACUUCGUUUGUUCUCGUGGCGGCGUUCCAAUGCCAGCCUAUUGAUGAGGCCUGGCUAGCUAGUGGGAAAGGGAAAUGUGUCGAUAUCAAUGUUUUCUAUCUCUGCAACGCAGCUCUGAACAUCGUCACUGAUGUCUUGACGUAUACCUUACCCAUCAAGGUGAUAUUCGGGCUUCAGAUGCCCCAAAAGCAAAAGAUCGUUCUAGGCUUUAUCCUCUGUCUUGGUCUUUUCGCUUGUAUCUCCUCGAUCAUCCGAAUUACCUACAUCCCUACCAUGCUUACCUCAGAGGAUGCUACUUAUGCCAUCAGCGGCGCCAUGUACUGGUCUGUCAUCGAAACCAACGUCGGCAUCUUCGCCGCCUCGAUUCCAUCAUUCAAGGCAAUUGCCUCGCGCUUCCUGCCCCGCUUCAUUGGCGAAUACAGCAGUGGAAAGAAAUACACCUGGACAGGAGAUACCACAGCCAAGCGGUAUGGGUCUGGAUUCAAUAAGGCCACAGAUCCUAACAACAUCACCAUGAUCACAAUGAAUGGCAGGGAAGAGGCUACCAUGGGUACCAAUAUUGGUGCGAAUAGCAAUUCCAGCAAGGAACGCAUUAUCCCGCACGGCAAGAUCUUCACGCACACGGAGAUCGAGACUACAGUCGAAACACAUGAUUUUACAACCCGUGCAUCGUCAUCACUCGAGCAGGCUCCUCGAUGA